AUGUCCCAGUCGUCCUCGGGAAGAGCCAUUCCGACCAGAAUAGAGAGCGAUUCGGUAUGUAAACUGAAAUUUUUGGACAUUAUCGAGAAGCGUUCGUUGGGAUUCAACAGAACUGGUUUAGAGGAUUCCAUAGCUUUCAAGCUAUACAAGAACAUCUACCCGUUCCCGUUCGGCGCUCAAAAUUCCCUGCAGAACUCGGUCGGCGGUAUAUUUAACCUGGAAUUCAGCCUCGACGGGAAAUUACUGGUGGCCGCUUGCGAGGGAAAGCAAAUCCUGAUCUUCGAUUCGGCCAAUCAGAAACUCGUCCACAACGUGCCCGAUGCUCAUUCGAACUGCGUCAAUUGCGUCAGGUUUCUAAACGACAAACACUUUGCUACUUGCUCCGAUGACGCUUCCAUUAAGAUAUGGGACGUGCGGAAAGUCAAACACUCGAUGAAAACGCUGCACGGCCAUUCGAAUUGGAUAAAGAACAUCGAAUGGUCGGAGAAGGAGAACGUAAUGGUAACAUCGGCCUUCGACGGCAGCAUCUACGCCUGGAACCUGAAGAGCCCCAACGAGAGCAACAUGAUGUACGAUAAGGUGUUCCUGAUGAACGGCCUCAUGCGCAUGAAACUCACCGGCGACGGCACCAAGAUGAUCAUAUCGACCACCAACGGCUUCAUCAUCAUCAUACACGAUUUGAAUUUGCUCACGCUGGCCACCGAUCUGCGUUCGUUUCGCCCGAGCCUCUACCGAUUGAUGCAGAUCAGCGACCAGUGCUUUCCGAUCGGCACCGUCUACAAUUACCUGUUCUCGCCGAACCGCAAGCGCAACCGCAUCGAAUUCAUCGAGGACUUUCCCAACGAAGCGGAGGUGAUCAGUUCGUUGCAGAUCCACCCUCACGGCUGGUGUUCCGUGUCGCGCAACGUCAACGCCGAAGAGGACGAAGAGUGGACGGCGGUGCACGACAUCCAAACGAGACACCCCGACGACUACAAGAACGCCUACACGUACGUGAACGAAGCGGAGCCCGAGGAGACGAGCCCGGGCGGCGCCAAUCAGCCCACCGAUCUCUGGAUGGGCUUCGUCACGGUGGCCGAUUACUAUCGCACCCACAGCCGCGAGUACGGGCGCGCCAGGCAGGACGCCGGCGCCGGCGAGAGCCUCCAGCCGCCCACCAUGGGCAUCCUGAACACCGGCCUGAUCGGCGCCAACGCCUCGUUCGACGCCUACUUCAACCAGUUCCCCGACGAGCGCAACAAGAUCGUGCGCAACCUGCCGAGGAUGACGCACUACGUCAAAGAGAAGAACGUCGGCAAGGGGUUCAUAAAGGAGUUGUGUUUCUCGGGGGACGGUCGGGUGAUUUGUUCGCCCUGCGAUCGAGGCGUUAGAUUGUUGGCGUUCAACGAACGUUGUGAGGAAUUGUCGGUUUGCGUGCCGGACGAGCCGCGCCAAUUGGAGACCGUGUUAGAAAUGAAGAACUAUCACAAGGACGUGGUGGUGUCGUGUAAAUUCAGUCCGGCGCAUUGCCAGCUCGUCAGCGGGUGUUUAGGUAGCGAAAUUAAAUGGUAUCAACCUGUGAUAUGA